UUGAUGAUAUACGGGAUUGGAUCUAGCCUACUUUACGUACUUUGCCCGUUUUAUUUUGUUAGGCUAUUUUUUUUUUUCCUUUUAACAUCUCAAUAGAAACCCGUUUUAUCUUGCAUAUAUAACUAUGAAUUAGGAUAAAACAUGUGUCUUAAUAUAGAAUGCAGCUCUCUGGCAUUAUGGCAGAGCAAAUGUUGCCUGCAAUUAAUUUGGAUAGAUCUGUGUCUAUAUUGCGAAGGACAGUGAGAAUAUAUCAGAAAAUAUGGAGACAUUUACAAUUCACGAUAUGCUCAUCAAUUCCACUGAUAUUUAUAAAAUUUUAUGUGGACCAGGAAUCGAGAAUUUGUCGGAGUGUAAAAAUGAUAAUAACAGCACGUCCGAGCCAAAAGACAUGAAGCAGUCGGUGCGGAUCGCUCUGUAUGUGCUCAUCUUCCUCCUGAGCUUCAUUGGGAACAGCCUCAUCAUCACCGUUCUGCUGCGGAACCGGCGCAUGCGGACGGUAACGAACCUGUUCCUGCUGUCUCUGGCCGUCAGUGAUCUGAUGUUGAGUGUCUUCUGCAUGCCCUUCACACUCAUCCCAAACCUCAUGAAGGACUUCAUCUUCGGCCCCGGCAUGUGUAAAGUGGCCACGUACUUCAUGGGUAUUUCGGUGAGCGUAUCCACAUUCAACCUCGUGGCCAUCUCUCUGGAGCGCUACAGUGCCAUUUGCAACCCCCUUAAGUCCCGCACAUGGCAGACGAAAUCCCACGCUACAAAAGUCAUCACAGCCACUUGGGUCGUGUCUUUUCUGCUCAUGCUGCCCUAUCCGAUAGGCAACACUCUGGUGCCUUUCAUGCGCAGGAACAACAGCACAGGCCACAUGUGCCGUUUGGUUUGGCCAAGUGAUGUCAUGCAGACCUGGUAUGUUUUCCUGUUGCUGAUACUCUUUCUCGUGCCUGGCAUCAUAAUGGUGACGGCUUAUGGCCUCACCUCACUCGAACUCUACAGGGGAAUCAAAUUUGAAACGGCUAAAAGGAAAUCAAACAGAGAGAAAGAACACAGCGCUUCCAGUCUGAAAAAUAGUGAUGGCUGCUACUUCCAACCCUUGAGGAGAAAGCGUCCCGAACCCAUGACGCCCGGCUUCAGCAAUCCAAAAUGCAAACUGCGAAGGGUUUGCAGCAACAGCCCUACAGCAAACCUCAUGGCCAAGAAACGGGUCAUUCGCAUGCUGCUGGUGAUCGUGGGGCUGUUCUUCCUCUGCUGGACGCCCAUCUUCGUUGGUAAUGCCUGGAGGGCGUUUGACAGACGUUCAGCCGAUCGUGUCCUCUCAGGAGCGCCGAUCUCUUUCAUCCACUUGCUUUCCUACACCUCGGCCUGCGUCAACCCCAUAGUCUACUGUUUUAUGAACAACCGCUUCAGACAGGGUGUGCUGGCGACGUUCAGCUGUCGUAAGACUGAUUUCGAGGAAGUAAGCAGGAGCAGCACCCGACGUAGCGCCAGAGGAGCUGGAGGGCAGAGAACGCUGUGUGGAGAAACCGAUGUGACCAGACAGGCUGAUGGUAACACACAAAGCUCAGGAACACGUUCCAGGCUAACUGACAUCAGUAUCCGUGGCUCAGCACAAGCAUAACUGGCACUCGUUAAACCCUGAAAUUUUCAGUAUAUUAGCCCAACAAGAAGUUUAUCUUGAGUAAAAUGUAAAGAAAAAUAUAAGAUCAGUGUCAAAAUCUGUCAAAGCUUUAGUAAAAAGGCUGCUAACGGAAGAGAGUCUUGUUGUACUGAUGAUAAAAGAAAGCACAAGCAUGCAGACAGUAGCUGAUAAUAUCACUGAAAUGCUGAUAGUAUCCAGUGCUUAAAUUUAGUAUGUCACUGUUAAAUAAACAGCAGCACCAAACAGAGCAAGACUGUGGCCUUCAGUCCUCAUUACAGUACAGACUAAGACAAAGUCAUAAAGGAGUUUUGUCUCUCUAAUUUUCUGGCUCACCUACGUAUACUGUAAAAAAUUAUAUGACCAUUAAGUUAUUACAACUUGUGUUUUUACAUUAACUCAUCAAAGUUAAGCAAUUUUCAACUUUAUUUUAUAACUCAUUCUUUAAGCCAAUUUAACUGAAGUUAAAAUUAUUUUAACGGCUGAGUUGCUUGCUCUUAAAAAGUUAAUGCAAUUCAUUUGAUUUCCUUGCCUUUGACUUGAUUUGUGUGUGUGUGUGUGUGUGUGUUACUAUCAAAGUAAUCGUGCGGAUGUUUUGAGAUAUUGCUUCUAACUACACUACCAUUCAAAAGAUUGGUUGAGGUUGAGAUGUUUUUAAAAUAACUCUCUUCUGCUCACUAAGGCUGCAUUUAUUGAAUCAAAAAUACAGUA